CAGCACAGGACGUGAGCGAUAAGGGAAAGGAGGACGUGUAGCCCCUCCCACGUCAGAGUGGGAGAGGCAAAAAGAGAGAGACGGAAAGAGAGACGACGAGCGGGAGGAGGAGAUAGAUAGAUAGAUGGUGCGUGAGAGUGACAACUAGGAGAGGGGGCAAGCUACCGUGGCGGAAACCGGGACGACGAUGAGCUGGACGUGAAAGCGGGUUCACGAUGCUUUAAACCAAAAAAAUCUCUUCUCUUUUCUUUUGUUAGGUUUUUUUUUUUUUUUUACUUUUUUUUUUUUUUUUUUUUUAACCCAACCGACAUUUGUACCUCCUCGCCUCGCUUUUGCGCUUGCGACGACGACGAGGAGACGCACACGCAGGUGUGACAGUGUCUGAAGGCUGAAAGGCGGGGGCGCCAGAAUGCCGGAGCAGAGCAACGACUACCGCGUGGUGGUGUUCGGGGCGGGCGGCGUCGGGAAGAGCUCCCUGGUGCUGCGUUUCGUCAAGGGCACCUUCCGCGACACCUACAUCCCCACCGUGGAGGACACCUACCGCCAGGUGAUAAGCUGCGACAAGAGCGUGUGCACGCUGCAGAUCACCGACACCACCGGGAGCCACCAGUUCCCCGCCAUGCAGCGCCUCUCCAUCUCCAAGGGACACGCCUUCAUCCUGGUCUACUCCAUCACCAGCAAGCAGUCGCUGGAGGAGCUCAAGCCCAUCUACCAACAGGUGCUGGCCAUCAAGGGCAACGUGGAGGCCAUCCCCAUCAUGCUGGUUGGCAACAAAAGCGACGAGACCCAGCGCGAGGUGGAAACCAAGGACGGCGAGGCGCAGGCCACCCAGUGGAAGUGCGCCUUCAUGGAGACGUCGGCCAAGACCAACCACAACGUGACCGAGCUCUUCCAGGAGCUUCUCAACCUGGACAAGAAGCGCAACAUGAGCCUCAACAUCGACGGCAAGCGCUCAGGGAAGCAGUCGCGCGCCGAGAGACUGAAGGGCAAGUGCAGCCUCAUGUAAACGACGGCUGGAAAGAAGGACGACCACGCAGACAGGACCCCCACCCCCCCCACCCCCACGUCAUUCGCAUCAUCUCCCACUCAUGACUCGGCGGUGGAUCGGAUCGUCCGACGGGAAUCCUCUAAUCCGCCCUCCACAUCGCGUAGACAAACUAAAGGUUAAGAGCUAGCUUGUUUUUUUCCUGUGAGGUGGGAGAGCAUGAACCACACAAGAAGGAUGUAAAUAAACGCCAUGUACCACCAGACCCCGCCCCCACCCUGACGUGAAGAAAAAAACAACAACAACCCCCUCUCCUCAUUCGUCAGCCCAAGUGGUAACGCACACACGACGCAACAAUCCUUUUAAGACUCUUCGGAAAGCGUGACGCAUUUAGGGAGCGUCGGGAAACCGGAGCGCUCCAGCAACCUCGUCUUACCUUGCUUGCUUUUUCCUCGAGACCAAUUGCCAAGCCGGUGAGACUCGACGGGAAUUCGGGGUGUUUCUGAAGGUCAAGAAUGUCCACGUUAGUUUUGUUGUUUGCCUUGUUUUUGAUGCUUUAAGUCAAAACACACAAAAAAAAGCACACGACGUUAACAAAAAAGAAAAAAGUGAUGGAUGUAUUUAUUUUCCUUGUGCAACCUAAAUCUGUCUUAUUUUGAUGGUCACUUCCUCAUCUCACACUCGUCCACUUUACCAUUCUUAUUUCACACAGAGACCCGGUGACACGACGCGAGUGUAAAAGCAGUUCACACACGACAUCCACAAAUUCCGAUGACGACCCGAUUGACCUUUUACGCAGUGCCCAGCGAAAGAGCUUAAGGAGCUAUUGUGUAGCAGUGACACAGCCAAACGGAAGUGAGUGUCAAACGUUUGAACUUCUCCAGCCACCGAGGCAUUCAUAGUCCGCUCAACACACCCAUUGCACUUUAGAACAUCAACACACGUUUGCAUACAUCGAAGACACAAAAAGCACAAUCCAUGUUCCUAUUUCUAUCUCUUUUGUUCUAUUGCCUUCUCCCCACAUCAAGCUAGCAGUCACUCUUAGCAAAGCAAACAACACAACACAAAAUUCAAUCAGACUAAUGAUGCCGUGAAAAUAACUGUUAGCUAGCAGCUGUGCUAUUCUUAGACUUAGACUUCGACAGACUUUAUUGUCAUUUUGUAAACACUCGGUGCACACAAAACGAAAUUUCGUUGCAUACGGCUCUCAACAGAGGAGAUUUCGGCUGGAUAAAAAGUGACAUUUCUAUAUACCGUAAUUUUCGGACUAUAAGUCGCACCGGAGUAUAAGUCGCACCAGCCAUAAAAUGGCCAAAAAAGUGAAAAAAAACAUAUAUAUGUAUAUAAGUCGCUCCUGAGUAUAAGUCGCCCCCCCACCCAAACUAUGAAAAAAACGGCGACUUAUAGUCCGAAAAUUACGGUAAAUAUGAAAUAAGAUAAAUAUAAAGUGCAGCAGUGAAGGAAACAAAGAACGUAAAGUGCGCAGAGGAAUGCUAAGUUGACUGUUCCAACAGUCUGACGACAGGAGGGAAAAAACUGUUGCAGAACCUGGUGGACCUGCAGCGCUUGUUAGCGCGCCAGAUUGUCGGCUAACGGCGUUUGUUGGGCUGAUGACGUGUUUGUUGUGCGGGUGGGAAGCAGAGCGAGAGAAAGCUAUGAAUAGGAAAGGGGUGUGAAAGACGGAGGAUAAUGCAUAAGUGUGCAUAAGGCUCCACGCACGCACGUCUUAUAUGGAAACAAAAUGGCCGCCCACCAAUCACUUGGAUAGUGUCGUGAAUUUAAACCUGAUAUAUAGCCCAAACUAGGGUUAAGUCGCAAAUUCCCCAAAACUCUUUAUAAUUUCAAAUUCAUCUUACAUUAGCCUAUAGCUUAGCAUGUGCACUACUCACCACUUUCACAUUUGCUCAGAGAAAAAUAAAGUCAGUGAUCACUAGUGACUGCUACCACACCAAUACACCGAGUUCAAUAGGUCACAAACAACUCAAAGACACGCAAACACUAUGAUUUAAAAAUUAAAUUAAAGUUAUAGACCUACAAUGUGGCGCUAACGUUAUUGAUGAGAAGUUUAAAAUGACAUUGUAGUGCUUCUGAUUGUUGUUUCUUCCUGCAGUCCGCAAUCCCCCCACGGCCAUUUUAUAUCUAAUACAGAAUAGUGAUUGAGCUGUGAAAUUAUUCCACACCAAUAAACUUGUCCGACUUCCUCUACCAGCCGUGUGUCCUUUUUCGCCGAUUGUUGGGGGACCACCAAGAGAGAUUAGCAGGAAGUUCCUGGCUACAAAUCAAUUGAAUCACUACUCUGUAUUAAAUAUCAAAAUAACCAGCAGAGCAUGUGUGUGACCGCAGCACCGAUUGCCGGAUCCAAAUUUGGUAAGAUAGCACCGCCCCAAGGCUUGGGUGUUCCGCAGGGAACCAUCCCGCUGCCACCAAUAUUUUAACUGUUAGAGUAAAUGUAUUUUGACUUCCACACACAAUGGUCCAAAAUGGCCGGCGACCAGAUCUUUAGACCAGCCCAAAUCCAAUCUUCAACCCAAACUUGAAAAUAAUCCGUUAAAAAUCCGCAAUAGUCAUAGCGUGUACACUCAGCCUCCUACUUGCGUACAUUCGCCAUGGUUACAUAUUCGAUGCUGUCGUCUGCAUGAGUCACCAACACGCCUACACACACACACACACACACACACACAAAUGUACACAAAGCCAUCUUUUUAUUUUCUUCAUGAAUUGACGAGUAGGUUGCACUGCUCACAGGUCCUUGUAGAUAGUUGUAAAUAAAGAGUGAAGGCAGACACAGAUUCUAAAGGCGCAACCGGGAAAUUUGUACGGAGCCCGGAGAAGAUCGGGGGGGGGGGGCUGAAGCCGGUUGAUAAUCAGUGAGAAACGGACACUUGUUUUGCAGCCUGUGGUGUCACGGGUCGCCAUGGCGACACGAUCUGUCGAUCAGAUCCAUCAUAGGAAGCGCAUUUUUAUUUUAUUUUAUUUAGGUGCUCCUCCGGGCUCUUCAUUCCCGCAUGCUCCUCCAUUUUUUGGGUGUUCUUGCCAGCAUGAGCACAAGGACACAAACUGUGAAUCAUCUUUUGUCUUUUUCUAAACUUGCAGCGCAACAGGAAAAAAAAAAUAUUUUGAUUUUGCGGAUGAUUAUUUUUUGGCACUUGAUGGGGUUUUUUUGUAUUAUUGCCUUUUUUUUUCAAAACCAAGUUAACUGAACUAAUUCAGAUGUAUAGAUAUUUAUUCUAGCAAUAGUCUUCCUAUUAAGAUAUACUGUGCUGAUGCAUCCUCUGAAUAACUGAAAAUAACAUACAGUAUAUAUAUAAAUAUAAAACUAUAGAUGAUGAUAUUGAUGAUAAUAAUCAAAUCUGCAAAAUGAUUUUCCUAAUAAAAUGGUGAACUUGA